AUUCGAAUGCUCUAUGUGUGUAUAUUCGUGCAGUACAGUUGAACAGCUAACUGUUUUGAAAUUUCGCAAGUUCUUUUUUCCAAAAAAAUUACAUCUGAAACCAUGGCUGCACUUGAUGAAGCAUCAGGGACAUCCAGCGUAACAGCCACAAAUGAGGAAUCGGCAACUGACGGGCCAACUUUAAUCGCUAAAUUGGCGGUUAACGGAAUUACAACCGCUGAUAUAAAGAAAUUGGAAGAGGCCGGUUUUCAUACCGUCGAAUCGAUUCUUUAUACGGCCAAGAAACAUUUGAUUACAAUUAAGGGAAUAUCCGAGGCAAAGGCUGACAAGAUUUAUGCAGAAGCAUCGAAAAUGGUGCAUAUGGGAUUUCAGACCGCCACCGAUUUGCAUUUGAAACGCUCCGAACUGAUAUCCUUGACAACGGGAUCGCGUGAACUAGACAAAUUGCUAGGCGGAGGUAUCGAAACUGGAUCGGUUACUGAAGUUUUCGGCGAAUUUCGAUCCGGAAAGACCCAACUGUGUCACACCUUGGCUGUUACAUGUCAGUUGCCUGUAUCUCAAAGCGGCGGUGAAGGUCGAUGCUUGUACAUCGAUACAGAGGGAACAUUUCGGCCGGAACGUGUACUGGCCGUUGCUGAACGGUACAAAAUGAAUCCGACCGAAGUUCUUGACAAUAUUGCAUAUGCUCGAGCCUACACCACAGACCAUCAAACACACCUUUUAUACACAGCCGCUGCUAUGAUGGCCGAAUCUCGAUAUUCCUUGGUUAUUGUGGACAGUGCGACUGCCCUGUACCGAACCGACUAUUCUGGUCGUGGUGAGCUGUCAGCUAGACAAAUGCAUUUGGCCCGUUUUCUGCGCAUGCUCUUGCGACUGGCCGAUGAGUACGGCGUUGCUGUAUUCAUAACGAAUCAAGUGGUCGCUCAAGUAGAUGCCGGUGCAAUGUUUCAGGCCGAUCCAAAGAAGCCGAUUGGUGGCAAUAUUAUUGCACAUGCGUCGACCACACGACUGUACUUGCGGAAGGGUCGAGGUGAGAAUCGAGUGUGCAAAAUCUACGAUUCACCAUGCCUGCCCGAAUCGGAGGCAAUGUUUGCUAUAAAUGCUGAUGGCAUCGGUGAUGUGAAAGAAUGAAAUGAUGGGAUGAAAUCAGAAUUUUCGUAUUAGAUUUAAGGCCAGACAAAUCGAAAUGAAUUUGAAAUAAUUUGCUGUGAAUGGAUUUGCUUAAAAUAAAAUGUUUUUCUUUAUCA